ACCGCCGCCCAGUUUCGGUUCCUAACAAAAGCACGUUCCUCAUCAGCCACCCAUAAUCAAGACCAAUUUGCCAAAUAAAUCAUUGUAGAAACGCUAGUUUGGGCCUGAAAAAUUCCAGGAGCAAGAGUCAAGAUUUGUCACUCCAUGAGGAUCUGGAGGGGACUCCCUGCCCAGAAACUUGGCGAUGAAGUGCUGGUUGUAAUUUUAGAAAGACACCCAAUCGGCUUUUUUAAAAGAUCGCCCAGGGCCCUCGUCCUGAGAGCUGGGAGCUGGUCGGAGUGACAGAGAAGCCAUGGAAGCAGCUGUGAAAGAGGAAAUAAGUGUUGAAGAUGAAGCUGUAGAUAAAAACAUUUUCAGAGACUGUAACAACAUUGCAUUUUACAGGCGUCAGAAACAGUGGCUUUCCAAGAAGUCCACCUAUCAGGCAUUACUGGACUCAGUCACAACAGAUGAAGACAGCACCAGGUUCCAAAUCAUCAAUGAAGCAAGUAAGGUUCCUCUCCUGGCUGAAAUUUGUGGUAUAGAAGGAAACAUUUUCAGGCUUAAAAUUGACGAAGAGACUCCUCUAAAACCCAGGUUUGAAGUUCCUGAUGUCCUCACAAGCAAGCCAAGCACUGUAAGGCUGAUUUCAUGCUCAGGGGACACAGGCAGUCUGAUAUUGGCAGAUGGAAAAGGAGACCUGAAGUGCCAUGUCACAGCAAACCCAUUCAAAGUAGACUUGGUGUCUGAAGAAGAGGUUGUGAUUAGCAUAAAUUCCCUGGGCCAAUUAUAUUUUGAGCAUCUACAGAUUCUUCACAAACAAAGAGCUGCUAAAGAAAAUGAGGAGGAGGCAUCAGUGGACACCUCUCAGGAAAAUCAAGAAGAUCUGGGCCUGUGGGAAGAGAAAUUUGGAAAAUUUGUGGAUAUCAAAGCUAAUGGCCCUUCUUCUAUUGGUUUGGAUUUCUCCUUGCAUGGAUUUGAGCAUCUUUAUGGGAUCCCACAACAUGCAGAAUCACACCAACUUAAAAAUACUGGUGACGGAGAUGCUUACCGUCUUUAUAACCUGGAUGUCUAUGGAUACCAAAUAUAUGAUAAAAUGGGCAUUUAUGGUUCAGUACCUUAUCUCCUGGCCCACAAACUGGGCAGAACUAUAGGUAUUUUCUGGCUGAAUGCCUCAGAAACACUGGUGGAGAUCAAUACAGAGCCUGCAGUAGAGUACACACUGACCCAGAUGGGCCCAGUUGCUGCUAAACAAAAGGUCAGAUCUCACACUCAUGUGCACUGGAUGUCAGAGAGUGGCAUCAUUGAUGUUUUUCUGCUGACAGGACCUACACCUUCUGAUGUCUUCAAACAGUACUCACACCUUACAGGCACACAAGCCAUGCCCCCUCUUUUCUCUUUGGGAUAUCACCAGUGCCGCUGGAACUAUGAAGAUGAGCAGGAUGUAAAAGCAGUGGAUGCAGGGUUUGAUGAGCAUGACAUUCCUUAUGAUGCCAUGUGGCUGGACAUAGAGCACACUGAGGGCAAGAGGUACUUCACCUGGGACAAAAACAGAUUCCCAAACCCCGAGAGGAUGCAAGAGCUGCUCAGGAGCAAAAAGCGUAAGCUUGUGGUCAUCAGUGAUCCCCACAUCAAGAUUGAUCCUGACUACUCAGUAUAUGUGAAGGCCAAAGAUCAGGGCUUCUUUGUGAAGAAUCAGGAAGGGGAAGACUUUGAAGGGGUGUGUUGGCCAGGUCUCUCCUCUUACCUGGAUUUCACCAAUCCCAAGGUCAGAGAGUGGUAUUCAAGUCUUUUUGCUUUCCCUGUUUAUCAGGGAUCUACGGACAUCCUCUUCCUUUGGAAUGACAUGAAUGAGCCUUCUGUCUUUAGAGGGCCAGAGCAAACCAUGCAGAAGAAUGCCAUUCAUCAUGGCAAUUGGGAGCACAGAGAACUCCACAACAUCUACGGUUUUUAUCAUCAAAUGGCUACUGCAGAAGGACUGAUACAACGAUCUAAAGGGAAGGAGAGACCCUUUGUUCUUACACGUUCUUUCUUUGCUGGAUCACAAAAGUAUGGUGCCGUGUGGACAGGCGACAACACAGCAGAAUGGAGCAACUUGAAAAUUUCUAUCCCAAUGUUACUCACUCUCAGCAUUACUGGGAUCUCUUUUUGUGGAGCUGACAUAGGCGGGUUCAUUGGGAAUCCAGAGACAGAGCUGCUAGUGCGUUGGUACCAGGCCGGAGCCUACCAGCCCUUCUUCCGUGGCCAUGCCACCAUGAACACCAAGCGACGAGAGCCCUGGCUCUUUGGGGAGGAAUACACCCGACUCAUCCGAGAAGCCAUCAGAGAGCGCUAUGGCCUCCUGCCAUAUUGGUAUUCUCUGUUCUACCAUGCACACGUGGCUUCCCAACCUGUCAUGAGGCCUCUGUGGGUAGAGUUCCCUGAUGAACUAAAGACUUUUGAUAUGGAAGAUGAAUACAUGCUGGGGAGUGCAUUAUUGGUUCAUCCAGUCACAGAACCAAAAGCCACCGCAGUUGAUGUGUUUCUUCCAGGAUCAAAUGAGGUCUGGUAUGACUAUAAGACAUUUGCUCAUUGGGAAGGAGGGUGUACUGUAAAGAUCCCAGUAGCCUUGGACACUAUUCCAGUGUUUCAGCGAGGUGGAAGUGUGAUACCAAUAAAGACAACUGUAGGAAAAUCCACAGGCUGGAUGACCGAAUCCUCCUAUGGACUCCGGGUUGCUCUAAGCACUAAGGCUUCUUCAGUGGGUGAGUUAUAUCUUGACGAUGGCCAUUCAUUCCAAUACCUCCACCAGAAGCAAUUUUUGCACAGGAAGUUUUCAUUCUGUUCCAGUGUUCUGAUCAAUAGUUCUGCUGACCAGAGGGGUCAUUAUCCCAGCAAGUGUGUGGUGGAGCAGAUCUUGGUCUUAGGCUUCAGGAAGGAGCCAUCUUCUGUGACUACCCACUCAUCUGAUGGUAAAGAUCAGCCUGUGGCUUUUACGUAUUGUACCAAAACAUCCACCCUGAGCCUGGAGAAGCUCUCGCUCAACAUUGCCACUGACUGGGAGGUCCGCAUCAUAUGACAAAGAACAGCCCCUGGUGAUGUGAGCAGGGACCUGCCUGCCCCUUUCAACUUUUCCCCUCGCCUUUUUUGAGAUUUUUGCUGCAAUCUGUUUGCCUUCCCUGAAUCAAAAUAAUCUUUCAUUCGUCACCAUUAUACUAAUGAACAAUAGAUUUCAUGUUUUAAAAUUUCAGAUUUUACAUGUUAAGAUGUACUAACAAUGUUCCUUGUAUCAAACAUCUCCUUUUCUCCCGGAUACAUAGCCCUGAGACAUUUAUAGCGUUCAGGAGUCUUCUGUUGCUUCCAUUCCUUCAGCAGGGCUGCGUGGGUCUGUUUUAAUGUGGGCCAAGCCUACCUGGGCAGCCCAUUUGCCAGGGCUUGCCUCAGGCCAUGCAGCAUUGGCGCUCUGGCUGCAGCAGCUGAGUUGCUCAAGGCCAGUCUCCAAGUGCACAGCAGCCUCUGGUAUUCCCCCCAGUUAUCUUCCACCCACAUGGACUGGGCAGAGCAGCCCUCUUCUGUGUGCACUGCAUACGCUGCAGCAGUGGUGAAUUAUUCUCCCCUAGAGAUCAAUUUGGCAGUACGAAGGAUUCUUUUCUCUUUCAUGCUUCUCAGGCUCAAUAGUUUCUAAUUAAUCUUAAAAUCCAUGUCUUUUAAAUUGUUUUUUUAAUUAAGUGCUGUUUACUAACCAAAUAAUAUUUAUAACAUGAGUAAGCUAUAAUUAAUAACAAUGGAAUAAUUACCCAUGUACCCACCACUGGACUUCAGAAGUAGAACUCAUGACUGGGACUAGGAUGAGGCAAGGGAGACCCUGGCCUUGGGCACAAAAUGUAAGGGAUGCCAAAAAAUACAGUAAUCCAAGUAAGUAAGGUUUCAAUCCAAUAUUUUUAAAAAUCAGAAUUAGUGCAAAAAAAAACCAUGAUGAACAAAAUAUAAAAAUUUAAAAUAAAGACAGGAUUAGUAUUACUGAGUUUUUCUUUUGUCCCAGGCUCUAAUAUGGCUUGGCAUGGGGCAGAACAUUACAACAUACCAGUCGUGUCAUGGUGCCCAAGGCUCUGCAGACCUCAGUGGCUCCCUGCUGCCUGCCACAGCAUCUGUUUUGGCAGCCUCAACUCCUCAGCACUCCUCAGCACACACCUCUUCUUAUCAGGCUUCCUCCACUUAGCAACUUGCUAAUGGCCACCUCUGUGCCUUCUGAUCCCUGGGCGCCAAUAUCCUCCUGCCCUUACCAUCCUUCCAGGCCCAACUUAAAUCCCACUUUCCCAUGAAGCCUAACUACGUGAACACCCCUACCCCCAUACCCAUUAGCAGUGAUUUUGCCCUUCCCUGUAAUGCUGUCCCACUUAUAACUGUGCUCUACUUAGCAUUCUCAGGGAUCAUACUUUAAUGUUUUCAGUAUGUCUCCGUUCUCCUACUAGAUUGUAUGUCCCUCAAGAGCAUGUUCUAUUUCUCUUCUAUCUGACAGAGCACUAUUAUACCUGACUUUCAGUAACUGUUAGCUGUGAUUGGUUAGCUGGUGGAUUUAAUUGAUUAAAAAAUUACAAUUGAAUGUA